AGCAGAAACUGUUUGUGUCACGGAAGCGCAAAGAUUAGGUUACGUAGUACACAUGUAUUCUGCAGAUCCAGGCCUGCCAGUGGAAGGAAACGCAGCGGACUCAGAGGUUGUCUUACUAACGAGGAAAUAUUAUAAGAUAUUAAAACAUUCUGCUGCAUAUUUAAACUGAAGACCAGAAACCGCGGUUUGACGGUUUUGGAAUUACGAACGCGUUCUUUUGGAGUGAGGUCUUGAGACAGAAGUUCCACUUGGAUGCCCAAAAUACACACUUUGUCCAGAUUUCAUCAUGAAUCGGAAUAAGCGCGAAAAGGAGUUUUACAGUUUAGAUGUCGGUGAUUCCACGUUUACGGUUUUGAAGCGCUACCAGAAUUUAAGACCCAUCGGCUCCGGAGCACAGGGAAUUGUCUGCUCAGCGUAUGACCACAACCUCGAACGCAAUGUUGCAAUUAAAAAACUCAGCCGGCCUUUCCAGAACCAGACCCAUGCCAAAAGAGCUUACAGAGAACUGGUGCUCAUGAAAUGUGUCAACCAUAAGAACAUUAUUGGCUUGCUAAAUGUAUUCACGCCACAGAAGACACUGGAGGAGUUCCAAGACGUCUAUAUUGUGAUGGAGCUGAUGGAUGCCAACCUGUGCCAGGUGAUCCAGAUGGAGCUGGACCACGAGCGGCUGUCCUAUCUGCUCUACCAGAUGCUGUGUGGCAUCAAGCACCUUCACGCCGCAGGCAUCAUACACAGGGAUCUGAAACCCAGCAACAUUGUGGUUAAGUCGGACUGCACACUGAAGAUCCUGGACUUCGGAUUGGCCAGGACAGCGGCCACAGGCCUCCUGAUGACCCCGUAUGUGGUGACCCGCUACUACCGCGCCCCUGAAGUCAUCUUGGGCAUGGGUUACCAGGCCAACGUGGAUAUAUGGGCUGUGGGCUGCAUUAUGGCAGAAAUGGUUCGCCACAAAAUCCUUUUUCCAGGAAGGGAUUAUAUUGAUCAGUGGAACAAGGUGAUCGAGCAGUUGGGGACUCCCAGUCAGGAGUUCCUGAUGAAGCUCAACCAGUCGGUAAGGACCUACGUGGAGAACAGACCCCGCUACGCCGGGUUCACCUUUGAGAAGCUCUUCCCCGACGUCCUCUUCCCAGCCGACUCGGAGCACAACAAACUGAAAGCAAGUCAAGCCAGAGACCUAUUAUCAAAGAUGUUGGUAAUAGAUGCAUCCAAACGGAUCUCUGUGAGCGAGGCUCUCCAGCACCCCUACAUCAACGUGUGGUAUGAUCCAACUGAAGUGGAGGCGCCCCCACCGUUGAUCACUGACAAGCAGCUGGAUGAGAGGGAACACACAGUGGAGGAGUGGAAAGAUUUGAUAUACAUGGAGGUCCAGGACUGGGAGGAGAGAACGAAGAAUGGAGUGAUCCGGGGACAGCCAGCGUCUUUAGGUAGCACAGGUGCAGCAGUGAGCAGCGGCUCCCAGCAGUACCCUUCUGUAUCGUCCUCGUCCGUCAACGAUGUGUCCACCGACCCCACCCUGGCUUCCGACACGGACAGCAGCCUGGAGACAGCCUCUAACACGGACCCACUGGGCUGCUGCAGAUGACUAUCACCCUGCCCUGGGUCCUGUCCCACCGGUCCCUCCGCUUGUCUUCAAUGGUGUAGAGUUUAGGCCAGUUUCACCUUUUUUUAAAUGAUUUUUUUUAAUCCUUUAUAAUUUUCCCCGAAAACUACUGCUACAGAGUUAUUUGAGUUAUUUUCUUUUUGAGUCCAGCCUGUAAUUUAUUGUGGCAUAUCAAUAUUUUUUUAACCAUGAGAAUGACUUCACUAUGCUGUGGUUUCGACCGCUGGUGAGAAUUUGAGAACAUCUGUAAAAGCUUUAUCAAAGCUUUUUUUGUUUGUUUUCAGUUUCAUCAACUUUUGUUUCAAGAUACUGCUAUUUCAACUGGCCAUAUUGAUGUUGAAUGAGUUUGUACAGAUUUUAUGGUAAAUAUAUUUUUUUCAAUUUUAGUUUGCAGUAAGCCAUUUCAACUAUCAUUUAAUUGAUGUCUAAUUUUAGUACUCCCCUUCAGAAUAGUAGUAUUACUUUGCCUAUUUCAUAUGGGAUUUUGUGUUUUAUUGCGUGUAUCCAUUGGAUUGAAUUUCGAGAAACUUUAGAACUGUUUUCCUCUUGUGAGUCACUACUUCCUUGUAAGAAAAUCCAAGUUGAUGAAACGGCUUUCUUUUUUUUCUCUCUGUUCUUUGUUAGUUUAGUCUUAAAAUAUCUCAAAAUGCUGUUUGAUUCCUGAACCAUUUUUCCUUUUGGUAAGAGAAGAAAUGUUGUGUUUCUUUUUUUUCAGUAAAAAAGUUUGCCUGAAUUAUCUUUUCACAUUUGAUGGGUAUUCCAGUAUAUGAUCAAAAUGAUGCCGAUAGGUCCAGACAGGAAACAGCUCAGAAGAUCAUUUGAAUUUUUGUCACGAGAGCUGAAGGCACUUUGUCCUCUGCUCUGGUCAGUUAUUCACCCGCGGUUCUUUUCUCCAGGUGGCUUUUGCUUUGACAGUGGGGUUAUGUUAAACACUAGGACAGGGAAAGCUGGCAGUGGCUCUACUGUACAGGUGUAUGCUGAGAAGCGUUGUGAGAAAUGAGAUGUGACUAGUUAGAACACACCACUUGUGAGGAGUCCUAUGAAGACUGCGCUUCGGUUCAGUCCAAACGUGGACGUAGAGAGGGCUUGUGUAUGUGGUGAUGCUGAUUGUCUUCGGAGGGAUGGAGAUUUUGCAGGCUGCAAGCGCAGAAACAAACGAUAUACCCCCCCCAAAAAAAAAAAAUUGGAUUUCAUUUUAUUCAUGUAAUAUCAAUGUACCUGAAUGAUUUUGUCUUUACGGUUGCCAACGUGCUGCAUAUUGAACAUUUCAGAUUGGGAAAAUGAUGAGUGUAAUAAGAUGAGUCUCAGAGAAGGUAUUGGCUAAGCCCUUUGCAGAAGGUGUAUGCAUGUGUGCACUAAAUCUAUUUCACACUAAGCUUAGUACAGUACUUCACAAAAUAAUUACUGAACCACCACGAAAUCCAAGGUAGUCAAUGAUUCUGAACUGUAUGCAAUAAUAGUGUCCCUCCAGUGUAUUUUUUUUUCAAAUGAUUUUGCUUUUAAAAGGGAAAAGUGCCUGUAGUUUGUCAAUCGUUCAUUCCUGAGUAUCUAGGGAGAGGAGUAGUCGUCAUGGUGUGUAUACUGUAGGUCAUUAAUGGUUUUGUGAUAUAAGGACUAUAGUAGUUUCCACGAAUAAGUCAAUCACAUUUUGAGGCCGUUAUAAAAAAAAAUGCACUGUAUAUUUUUCUACGGCAUCGGUAUGACCCUGAAGUUGGAGACUACAUUCUGUCAAGCGGAUGAUGUAUGCUUUAGAAUAUUUUAGCACAUAAUAUACAUUUGAAAUAGUUUCAGAAAGGGGCAGUUUUAGGUAGGUCUUUCAUCAAAGUAAUUUUUUAAAUGUUGAAAAAAAUAUAACAAUCACUGGUAGGCAUGUGCGGUUUGCGGCUUUACUUUGCAUAAUGAGAAUGUGCUUGAUGAUUUUGGAAGGGAAGAUUUCUUUUGCCUAAUUUCCUCGGUUUUAUAUUAAA